UUGGGAAUUGGGAAUUCCUGGCUGGGCUGGGAUUGCCAGAGCAGCUGGGGCUGCCCUGGAUCCCUGGCAGUGCCCCGGGCCAGGCUGGACAUGGGGGCUUGGAGCAGCCUGGGACAACGGAAGGUGUCUUUGCCCAUGGCAGGGCUGGAUUGGGAUGAGCUUUAAGGUCCUUCCCAACCCAAACCAGUCUGGGAUUUGCCAGGAAGUCCCAUCAGGACCCGUUGUCAGCAGAGCUGCUGCCCCAUCCCUCCCUCCCCGUUCCCGGCCCAUUCCCGGCCCGUUCCCGGCCCAUUGCCGGCCCCUCCCGCAGCGCCCAUCCGUGCCUGGGAGCAGCUGCUCGGCACAGACGCGUCUGGGGAGUGAUUCAGCACAAACCGUGUGUUCUUGGGUUGGUUUUUUUUCCCCUAACCCCACUAGCAGGCCCGAGUGUUGCUCCCAAACACCAGCUGGGAAGGUGUGAGGGCUGUCUGGCAGCCGAGCCGAGCUCCGGCUGUGCCAGGCGUGAGAAAAUCCCCGUUUGCAUUCCCGCCGUGCAGCCUCUCGCACGGGCCUCACCGCCUGCUUAAUUGGCUGCUGUCAUUAAUUAAAAGCUCCUGGCUGUCGGAAUUUGAUGGAGCCUCUCGCUGCGUUUGUCUCCAGAGCCCCAGGAUCGUGAGCAGGCAUCGCUCCCUCAGCAGCACCUGCUGGAGCUGGGAUCGUGUUUUAGGCAGCCCAGGCCCAGGAAAAAACCUUAAGAGAAGUUUAAAGCUAAAGAGAAGUUUAAAGCUAAAGAGAAGUUUAAAUCUUAAGAGAAGUUUAAGGAAUUCAGAUGGGAGUGACUGACCUCAAGUGCAGUUAUUGACAGCUCGUUCCCACAAACCAAAUUUAUCUCCUUUCUUCCGGAAAGUCAGUGAAGUGUUAAAUGUAGUCAGUGCUCCACAAUGUAUGUGCAGUGAUAUCAAAUAUCAGAAUCAGAGGAAACCACGUUACCAGUGGGACCUUCCAGGCUGGCAGAGGCAUGAGGACAGUUGUCGUCGCUGGUGUCCCCGCUGGAGCCCUGCAGGAUGACCUCCUGGCUGACCUCCUCACCAUCCACUUCCAAAAGUCCAGGAACAACGGUGGGGACGUGGAGCAGGUCACGUAUCCCACACGGGAAGCAGGAGUUGCCUACGUGACCUUCGAGGAUGCAGAAGUCGUGCAGCGUGUUCUGAAGAAGGAUCAGCAUCUCCUGCAGGACAAGAGGCUGCCCAGGCCCUUCCCCCUGACAGUGACCCGCUACUGCCACAACGCCUUCCUCUGCGUCACCUCCACCCUCAGCAUGGCUGUUUUCAGAGAUCACUUGGUUUUAGAAGAUUUGGUGGAAGAGAUGAAGCAGCAGAGCCCGGCUUUGAGUUUUGGGCCUUUGCAGAGUGACGGGCAAAUUGCUGUGCAAGGGUCCUUCCCAGCACUCCAAGCGUUGAGAGAUUUCCUCCUGCUGAAGGCAAAAUCCCUCCCAGAGGAGGACAAAAGAGAGGGAAAAUCCCACCAGAGGCCGAGGAGGAAGCUGCAGGAGCACAGAGGUACUGCAGAGACCAGGAGUUCCAGCCGGGAUGCGCAGAGGGAAAAACGAGUGCUGGUUCUGGACACGGAUAUCUAUCACUACAUGAAGCACUUCUAUCCCAAGGCUUUGCAGGGAAAUGAUGUGGUCAUUUCUGGUGUCACUGAUGGUGACAUCACCACGGUGUGCAUUGAGAGUGCUGGCAGCAAGGCUGGUACCAUACAGGGAUUAAAGGCCAAGAAAAUGAUAGAAAAAUACUCGGUGGAGCUGCAGAAGAUUUUACGGAAGGAAAGGAUCUGCUUCAAGGAGCCCAGCAGAGCUGGGAAGCAGAGACUCAGACAGUUCUGUGCAAGGCUGAGAGCACGCUACCCCAGAGUGCUCAUCAUCCCUUAUGACACCCACCUGGACAUUGUGGGCACCUCUGCAGACGUUUUUGGGUUCACAGAGGAGGUGAGGGGGCACUCCAGGUAGGAGUGAGGGCUCCUGGGGUUUGGGUUUCUCACCCAGGCUCUGCCUGUGGCCCUGUGGCCCUGCAGCUCUCCCUCUGUGGCACUGGGAUGUCACUUGGUCCCACUCACAGGCUGGCAACUCUGCACAGGAGGGUGACCAAGCCUGGCCCCCCCCAAACAACCAAAUUAAGGUCAGAACAAAAAAUCAGUGAUUUUUGCAUCUUUCAUAAACUUGGGUGUCGGGUCCGGCUGUCUGUCUCUGCCCCGACACGGGCAGGGUGGUUCUUGGGUGGCACGCGAUGCAAAGGACGAGUCUGGACUCUUCAGCUUUUCGAUCUUCAGGUUGUUUAUUAUUUCUUAUCUACAAAAUUUUCUGUCUGCCCAACAGAGGUCUGAUCUGCAAGCAGUCACAGGCACUCUGACCACCCACGAGGCAGUCAUGUCUUUUUAUACUAAAAUCUAUGUACACGAUAUUUACCUUUAUUUCCCAAUGCUUUUCACCCAUGUUGGCAAGUGCACCUUCACCAUAAACCAAUCCCCAAGUGCCAACAUCAUCACAGGAGAUGGAGGACAAGAAGAAGAAAGAAGAAGGACGAGACACACCCUGAUCCCUCCAUCUUGUCUCCAUAACCCCCCUGUACCAAAAACCUUAAAGUCUAUAUUUCACCCUCUAAAUGUGUCUGUUUUACACCUUUUACUCUAAAGUGAUUCUCUUGUCCUCAAACUCUUGCUACUUCUGUGGAUGGAUCAAAAUCAAGCCACCAAGCACUCUUGGCAACAUUCCAGGAUUUUCGAGACCCCCAAGGGUUCUCCUGGCAUCUCUGGACAUUGGGAACGAUGUGCUGAGAUCCCACACUUGGGGACCUUUUCUGCCCAGAAGCAGCCACGUUUCCUUUUGGUACCUCAGAGCAUUCUCACCCCAGCUUGAUGUCAAGGAGUACAUAGUGAAAAAAGAGAUUUAUUUUUUUUUUAAACUGAGUGUGCCAGCCAUGUAGGAAACACUGCAGGGAAGUUGUGUGUGAGGUUCUGUGAGGAGGGGACCACAGCAGCCAGGAAUGGGGACCUUUUCUGGGCCUUUAGCUGCAGAGGGACCCUUUAGAAGAGAGCUGGGACACCUGGCAGAGCAAAAUGCACAUGGAAUGGACAGGCUUGAGAAAGCCUGGAUAAUUCUUCCCUGCAGGAAACAGGCACGUUUGUUUUCAUAGGAGCAAUAAUGGGUUUUUUUCCAGCUGUAAAGGCUUCUGCAGCAUCUUCUGACAGCUCGUUAUUUAGACAUGAAAGUGUGUCCAGAGAUUUGAUGGGAAAAUCUGGGGGCAUUCAGACUUUGGAACCAGAUUCUGUUUAUGCAGAUCUGUUUCUGUAUCCAUUACAAGGGCACAAAUGGGGGUUUUUUUAACCAAUUUAGAAAAUAGCUUUUAUUUUGUGAUAUCUGUGUGUUUAGAAUCAUUUCUCAAAACAUCCAGAGCAGCUUUUCUGUCUGAUGUGCAGGGAAAGUUAUAGGGGUUUAUGCCAUUAAAGAAAAGUGUUAUCCAAAA